AUGACCCGGGCAAUCUACUUUUUCUUUUUGAUAUGUUCCGCUGCGGUCUCCGCUUCCGAGCACUUCCAUGGUGAAAAGAGGAAUUGGGCAUUCGGCGAUUUGAUGAAUCCCGACGGCUCCUUCGCCUUCGACAGUAAACGCAGCUUCGAACCCAGCUUUCGAAUGCACAAACGGAACACUCCAAUAGGAAGUGCCUGGCGAAAUUGGCUUGAUAAAUAG